AUCCAUAUACUGGAGAAAUGUUUAGAAAAUGGUACUUAUAUAAGAAUGUUGCACUAAUAUUUAGCAACAAGUUGCCAUCAGUUCUCGACAAAGUCUGUACCAUUUGGCUCAACCAGAAUUGUUCUCUAUUAGGAAAUUUAAUAUUGUCGCAAAAAAAAUAUGGACUUUAAAAGCAACUUUGUUGGAUACCUAAUGGCUGCCAUGUUAAUACUUUUUUCUAUGAGUUCUAUCAAUGCAUAUAGAAAACCGCCAUUCAAUGGAAGCAUAUUUGGAAAAAGAACUAUGACGACGGCUGGAAAUUAUAAUAAUUUAGAUUAUGAAAAUCCAAGUAAAUCUUUUUACGCCAUGUGUGAAAUUGCAUCUGACGCUUGUCAAGCAUGGUUUCCAAGUGUAGAAAAGAAAUAAAUACUUCAAUUCUAAUCGUCGAAUAAAAUUAAGGGGCAGAUUGAGCCCCUGAUAAAUUAGGAAACCACAAUUACCCUUAGAUGAAUAUUAUUUUAUUCUCGUAGUGAGUUUAAUAAGUGUUUUAAUUUUUAUGCUUAUCCUUAAAUGGUUUUCUUUUUAUCAAAUAAUUGAAACAAGUUGUAUGAUUCAUUUAAUAUUUAUUAAUAAAAUUAUUUAUACAGUGUAGUAUAAGGGCAAAUAAAAAUAUAUAUUUUUUUUUGAGAUUUCUUUUAAAAAAAUGAAAAUUGUAUAAAAUUACAUCAAAUAUUUAUUAUUUCUUUAAGGGUGUAAACUAAACACUCAUAAAUUUGUAUUUAUUUAGUCUAAUUAGAGAAAUAUCUAUAAGUUAUCUAAUAGUUUCACUUCUCCUCACAAUAAAAUAUAUAAUUGCCAAAUCUUGAGCAAUUUCAAUUUUUUAAUUCUUCACGAUCUUAAAUAUUUUACUUUUUACUUGUUUCCCCAGGUAAUUAUCAUUAUCAUACCUUUUCUAGCUUGUAUAAAUUAUUAUGGAAAUAAUUCCUGAUCGUUAAUAGCCUAAAUUUGUCCAUAAUAUUAAAUUUAGAAUAAAAUACUAUAUAUUUGUUAUUUAUACCUAGGUAGUCAAUUUGUAGUGUAAUUCUAAAAAUAAAUGCUUUUAACAAACCUAA